UUACCUUCACAAAACUGGAUUAACAAGUGAAAAAAAUUAGUUCAUAGUUUAAGUUUAUACUCAAAUUUAACCCCUUGGUACAAGUGAGUGUAUAAUAAUGGUCUAUUUUUUUGUGGAGUUAUAUUCUGAUAAUACUACAGUGAAAGGAGUUAGCUAAUUCCAUUCAAGAUGUGAAAAGAACAAAUUAAUCAGGUGUUUUCUAAUCUGGAUUUAAAAUGGAUCAACAGUGUGGUUUAGAAAAUAGUUACGAUUUAUUUAGCACUUGUACGCGCCUCGCAAGAAGUGUGUUCCUAGUGUCUGCGAUUGGAAAUAUUCCUUUAUCGUAAAUGAAAUUAUUUUUUACUUUGUUUAUAAGAGGUUUCUGACGUAGCGAAUCAUGGGGAAUAAGUGUGGUCGAAAAGAGGCUGACCCAGAUUCUGCAUGGAAGCAACAGAACAAGGAAAUCGCAACGAACCCGGUCUAUAAAUUUGUCGAUUUUACCGGUGGAGGGAAGUUGAUCGAGGCUUAUAAGACAGGAGGGGCCGCAGCAGUGGAGAAGAUCGCAAAAACGGAGAUGUUACCGUACUUGUACAAUGAGGGAAAUGGUGCUAUUGUAACUAAGUUAGACUACAUAAAAUGGCAAUGCAGAAUGCAAGCAAAGUAUACGGGUUCAACGGUGUGGGAGACUCGUACUGAUGAACAACUAUUGAGUGAAUUCAAGGAGGAUUACUUCAACAAAGUAGUCACCCAUGAAGCAUGCUGGGACCUCAAUAAAAGGGGCGGGGUGGGGGAAAGCCCGUUCCAUUUGUUAUAUCUCUUAGACUCUCCAACUCAUCAUGCCGUUGGUGAAAUACUUCUAAAUUUGUAUCCCAAGCUUAGCCUAGAUGUGUAUGAGGGAGAGGAAUAUUUUGGGGAGAGCGCUUUACAUAUAGCCAUUGUGUUUGGUAGUCUGGAGGCAGUGAAACUCCUCAUCAAAAAAGGUGCUCUGAUCGACCAGCGCUGUACGGGGCGAUUCUUCCUACCAGAGGACCAGAAAAAGGGCUACACCAAAACUACCGACUACGAAGGCUACGCCUACUACGGUGAAUAUCCCAUACAUUUUGCCGCGGCAACAGGUAACCAGGAAAUUUACGACUACCUCAUCGGCCACGGUGGAGACCCCAAUGCCCAGGAUACGUUCGGAAACACCGCUCUUCAUAUGGUGGUCAUCUGCAAUCAAGUGGAAAUGUAUAAAUACAUCGUAAGGCAUCACACGCUUCCCGCCAAAACCGAUAUUAAGAAUGCUGUAAACUUGACUCCUCUGACUCUGGCCAGUAAACUCGGCAGGCAGACCAUCUUCAAAGAAAUGUUGGAACUAGGAAGUCUGGAGUUGUGGCGCUACAGUAAUAUUACAUGUUCACUCUACCCAUUACUGGCCUUAGACUCCAUAGGUCCCACUGGAGAUACAAAUUGGAACUCUGCAUUGAUGAUUAUCAUUAACGGAGAGAACGACGAACAUCUGGAGAUGUUGGAGGGGGGAGUCAUGAGGCAGCUUCUGGAUGAGAAAUGGAAGGCUUUUGCCAGGAGGCGGUUUUUUGUGCGGUUAAUUUUGGCGUUUAUACAAUUGAUUUUAAUAAGUGUGGCUGUAUAUUUGAGACCCAAAUCAAACCUUCUUGCCGUAAAUAGUUAUACAGACAUUAUUCGUUUUGUGUGUGAGAUUCUUACUUGUAUAGGAUGUUCUAUAACAUUAGUGGCUGAUGUCUUUGAAAUCAUUACUCAGGGAAUAUUUAGUUUCUUAAAAAAUUGUAAAAAUGCGCCAGCCCAGACGCUGUUUAUGAUAUCUUGUAUCCUGUUCCUGGCCUGUAUUCCGUUCCGAUUCCUGGAGAUGAAGCAGGUAGAAGACGUCCUGAUGAUUAUAGCAGUCCCCUGUUCCUGGCUGUUCCUUCUAUUCUUUGCCAGGACCUUUAAACUAACAGGACCUUUUGUCACCAUGAUCUACAAAAUGUUGCUAGGUGACCUCCUUCGAUUCGGCAUUAUUUAUGUUAUUUUUCUCACGGGAUUCACACAAGCAUUCUACUUCCUGUUCCGCGGGAACACCAGUAACCAGAGUCAGGGCUUUGACGACAUCGGAGAUACCGUCCUGACCCUCUUCCAGAUGACCUUGGGGGAAUUCAAGUACCAGGAUUUUAAUUACACAAAAUAUUCCGGGCUGACGAAGAUAGUGUUUGCCAUCUUUAUGAUGCUGGUUCCCAUUCUACUACUGAACAUGUUGAUAGCCAUGAUGGGUAACACCUACACAAUGGUCAUAGCCAAAUCAGAAAAAGAAUGGAGGAAGCAGUGGGCUAAAAUAGUUGUAGUCUUAGAACGCGGCUUCUCCAGAAAACAGCUGCUGAAUUUCCAAAAGAUGUACGCCAUAAAAAUGUUGGGUCCCCCAAAAGAGAACCUCGCAGAAAUCACAGAACAGGUAGAGGAACAGCGUGGCCUGAUGGUCAUCAAAACGUCCAGCAAGACCAAGGCCAGGCAGCGCAAGGGCGCCAUCGCUAACUGGAAGAUCACAUAUGGACCAAUCUGGUGUACAGAUGAAGAUGUCAUGUUAUUUGGAAAAGAGGUCAUCAAACAGUUGAAGAAACACAAAAAUAAAGGAAAGAAAGAGCCAUUCCAGUUGGGCAGAAUCAAGCGCAAGAGAAAGUUGUCGUUUAAUGAGUCCGAUUAUUCCAGCGACGAAGACGAAAAGGCCAAAAUGUUCUCCAUGACACUAGCGCAGUUGGCAUGGGAACGAGACAUCGACCUUACCAAGGGUAAAACUUUUGUGACAGAUCCAAAUCUUAUAGAAAAGUUAUCCCCUUACAUUGGAAAGGAGGAACCUGGCAAAACUGUGAUACAGAAUCAUUCAAGUCCCGCUUUGAUGGGUGGUGGUUCUCCUACCUCCAACCAUCAGAUCCCUAACGGGGUCAAACAUAGGGCACCGGGGGAGAGGACUGUGAAAAAACCCGCAGGAACCCCCAAAUCUAGCCCCAAAUCGGCUACCACCAAACAAUUCAAUUAUAACAGGGUCUCCCCCCUUGUGUUGAUGAAAAAAUCUUCCCCCACCGAUGAUUCUGAGAGUGACUUGGAGGGGAUGAAACCCAGUGAUAGUGUGAAGAGAGGUAUGUCAGUGACUGAUAUUUCAGUACAUGGAACAAUGGACUCCUCUAGGAACACUCAUCAUAAAAUGUUUUUGGAAGACUCUAAACCCACUGUAGAAGUUAAAAAGCUACACUGGGACAAUGUGCCAAAUGUUGCCUAUACGCCAGGUUAUGCAAGUUCUAAAACAAGCAGUACCAAGUCGGGAAGUGUCAAGUCGGACGGUUCUAAGUCCAAGUCGGACUCUGAAUAUAAACCUAGUUUUUACUCCAAGUCAGAAGAUGGCUACACGAGUCAAGGAAGUGUGGAGUCUUCAUCAAAGGCUUCUAGGGUAUCUCGAGGGGCAGAAUCUGUGUCCUCAAAAACCUCUAAAUAUUCCUCAAGAUCCACAACAACGGUGGAGGAGUCAACAGUGUCAAAAUCCUCAAAGGGAGGAGCAGACUGUUCCUUACAGGAGAUGGACUCCGAAACAGAGGACACCUCGAGGAUAUCAAAAGUCAGUAGUUCACAGAGUAUUUCUCAGAAAGGAACAGAACUCGAAACAAGCGAGUCCUUGGCAAAGCCCCCCAAGCCUUCGAAAAGUCCCGAGAGGGAGGGAGGGUCGACCAAGAAAAGCAAACAUAAACGGAAAAAGAGCAAGAAAAGUAGACACGGUAGUCGGGCUUCUUCAAAAGCUUCACUGUUGCCUUCAGAAGAAAAUGAGGAUCGUGAAAGUCAAGUUUGAAGAUAGCUACUAGGAUAUUUAAUGAUUAUUGUAAGAUUAAGUUUUAGUACCAGGGUACUGUCAAAAUAUAAAGUCUGGGUUUUGUGAACUAAAGCAGACAAGGAAGUAGAUAAAGUUUAGUUU